UUUUGAAGGUUGUAUGAAGCUAAACACCAGCGCAGAGGAGAGCAGUCGCCACUUGGGUUGACAACCCAGGACGAGCCACUGCAGCCGGGGCGGAGCACACCCAACCAGAGUCUUUUUACCCCCACCCUCCCCAUCUUCCCUCUGAGCUUAAACACCCCCCCACCCACCCUCUGAACCAAGGUCUUGUCCUCCAGGGAGAACGGUGGCAAUGCCGCAUACACGGACACCGAUGUCAAAAAGUUGAAAUGCACAGGUUUACAAGGCAAAAUGCGAAAGUGGCAGCUGUGCGGCUUCUCUUCAAGGUCAGUAUCUGAGCGCCGCCGUCGCCGCCGCCUCACGGACGAGUUUCUCGGGCUGUCGGAGGGAAGAAGAGGCGUGGAGGGGGAUGCCUGCUGUGUCUCGCUUGCCUCCAGCAUCAACAAUGACAUCUUUCGCCGACAUGGAAAUUGAUAGCCAGUGACACAGAACACGGACAAACUUGUGAAACACCGCUUGUUUUUUUUUUUUAAAUGUUUUUUUAUUUGCUUUUUACAGCACUGAAAGAAAGAAACUCUUAACAGCGUCUUGACAUUUCCUGCUUUCUUUCAACGGCCUGUAUCGGUGCGACUGUUUACCUGAGCCACAAGCAGCCCCGCUGUUAUCAAGCUAGCUACCGUUGACUGACGGAAUGGGCUUUUGGUUCGGUUUCCGCCACUAACGGUAGCCCACCUGUAUAUAUAGGCAAGAAGAACGGGCCGUUAAAGUCAGUUAGAAUGUUCAACGGUUGGACAGUUGGUUACCUAACGUGACGUUACGAAGUUUUAUCCAACUUCCUUGAACUUGUUUGGGGUUCUCAAGCCGACUGUCUUUUUUUUUGACCAACUCAUUUCUUUUCAAAUUACAUUUCAAACAUGGCUUCGCGGACAGGUACACACAGCCCGGCCGGCAUCUGUAAGAGUUUACCGGAGCGGGGACUGCUCCUGCUGAUGGUUCUGGUGUUUCUGGAGGGCUCCGUGCUUCCUCUCGGAGCUGCCAGCUCUCCGGAUGUCACUCACCAGGCAAAUUCGGACAACCACAUAGUGAAGGAAGCGGGGCAUAACUUCACUAAAAAGCCUUUCCCUGUGCUCAGCCUCGACUACCACCACAUACAGGCUCCUUUUGAAAUCUCGUUAUGGGUGCUGCUCGCCUCUUUAAUGAAAUUAGGGUUCCACCUGAUUCCUCGGCUGUCCGGCAUUGUGCCAGAGAGCUGCCUUUUGAUUGUGGUGGGCCUGCUAGUUGGGGGUCUCAUCAAACUAGCUGGAGAACAGGUCCCUCCAGUUCUGGACUCCAGAUUAUUCUUCCUCUGCCUGCUGCCCCCCAUCAUCCUGGAUGCUGGCUACUUUCUGCCCAUCCGUCCUUUCAUGGAGAACCUGGGCACAAUCCUGAUGUUUGCUGUUGUGGGGACCUUGUGGAACGCCUUCUUCGUCGGAGGCCUGCUGUAUGCUGUGUGUCAGAUUCAGCCAGGCAAUCCAUCCAUCCUGCACCAGCUGGAGCUCCUGCCUUGCCUGCUGUUUGGCUCCAUCAUCUCAGCUGUGGACCCUGUCGCUGUGCUCGCUGUGUUUGAGGAGAUCCAUAUCAACGAACUGUUGCACAUCCUGGUGUUCGGUGAAUCAUUGCUCAACGAUGCUGUCACUGUGGUGUUAUACCACCUGUUUGAGGAGUAUGCAGGUGUUGGCUCAGUGACGGUGAUGGAUGUUUUCCUGGGAAUCAUCUCCUUUCUGGUGGUUGCAGUGGGUGGCGUGCUAGUGGGAGCCAUCUACGGGAUCCUGGCCGCCUUCACCUCACGCUUCACCUCCCACACCCGUGUCAUCGAACCACUUUUUGUCUUUGUGUACAGCUACAUGGCCUACCUGUCAGCUGAGAUGUUCCACCUCUCUGGCAUCAUGUCGUUAAUAGCAUGUGGAGCGGUGAUGCGACCCUAUGUGGAGGCCAAUAUAUCCCACAAGUCCCACACCACCAUCAAGUACUUCCUGAAAAUGUGGAGCAGCGUGAGUGAGACACUAAUCUUCAUCUUUCUGGGCGUGGCGACAGUGGAAGGACCUCACAACUGGAACUGGACCUUCGUCACAGUCACUGUCAUUCUUUGUCUGGUGGCCCGGGUCAUAGGUGUGGUCGGUCUGACCUACGUCAUCAACAAGUUCCGCAUCGUCAAACUGACCACCAAGGACCAGUUCAUUGUGGCCUACGGUGGCCUGCGAGGUGCCAUCGCCUUCUCCCUUGGCUUCCUCUUGAAUAAGGAUCACUUUCCCUUGAGAGACAUGUUCCUUACUGCCAUCAUCACUGUUAUCUUCUUCACUGUCUUUGUUCAGGGCAUGACCAUCAAACCGCUGGUGGAGCUGCUGGCAGUGAAGAAGAAACAGGAGGCUAAGCGCUCGAUUAAUGAAGAAAUCCACACCCAGUUCCUCGACCACCUACUGACUGGCAUUGAGGACAUUUGUGGACACUAUGGACACCACCACUGGAAGGACAAACUUAACCGCUUCAACAAGAAGUAUGUGAAGAAGUGCCUGAUUGCAGGCGAACGCUCCAAGGAGCCACAGCUCAUCGCCUUCUACCACAAGAUGGAGAUGAAACAGGCCAUUGAGCUGGUGGAGAGUGGAGGGGGAGUCAAGCUGCCUUCUGCUAUGCCUUCCGCUGUUUCCAUGCAGAACAUCCAGCCCAAGAAGCUUCCUCCUGCCAAGCCCGCAGAGAGAGCUCUGUCCAAUCUGCCCAAAGGCCGAGAGGAGGAGAUCAGAAAGAUCCUCAGGAGUAACCUUCAGAGGACACGACAGAGGCUGCGCUCCUACAACAGACACACUCUGUUGGCUGAUCCGUACGAGGAUGGUCUUGGUGAUCUCCUUAUCAAGAAGCAAAAGAUGAUUGAGCUGGAGAGAAAGAUAAAAGACAUGAAUAACUACCUGACGGUGCCUGCUGCUCCUCCUGACUCCCCGACAAUGUGUAGAGCCAGACUGGCCUCAGGCAAAGAUACUGAUUUCAAACCUGCUCAACAGCAGAAAGGCAACACAAUCUGUCCAGACCCCCAAGCCUACAGCAUGAAACCGGAGCCGGACAGCGUGCCAACCAUCCAGGUGGACCUGGCUUCCCCUCAGUCUCCGGACUCUGUCAACCUGAUGGAUGAGUUCAGACGGGCCGAGCAGCAGCAUGAGGAGGACCAAGGCCUGAUGAUGAAGCCUCCCUCUGGGGAGAGUGGACCUAAAAAGCCAGGCGAGGAGGACGGAUCCAGAGAACAUAAGCUGAUGAGGUGCCUGAGCGACCCUGGUCCCAGCGCAGAUGAGGACGAGGAUGAACCCUUCCUGCCUUGAUAUGGUAGACCGGAUGUGAAGGGGUCUGUCUGUGCGCCCACCUUCACUGGUUAGAGGAGAGGGGGCUGUCUCACUGCUCUGCUCUAAAUAAUGUAUUUGGUUCAGAAACCAAACAAGCCAAAA